CCUCGAGAUCGUCCCCCGCUUUCACUUCUCCCCCCGCGAGGACAGACUUCACAAACGUGAGGACUAGAACAUAUCAGGCAAAAUGGUGAAGAUUGGAAUCAACGGGUUCGGACGUAUCGGCCGUCUGGUGACCCGCGCCGCCGUCUCAGGAGGCAAGCUGGAGGUGGUGGCCAUCAAUGACCCCUUCAUCGAUCUGGACUACAUGGUCUACAUGUUCAAGUACGACUCCACUCACGGCGUGUGGAAGCACGGAGAGGUGAAGGCCGAGGGCGGCAAGCUGGUCAUCGGCAGCAUGCACAUCAUGGUCUUCCACGAGAAGGACCCCGCCAACAUCAAGUGGAGCGACGCUGCUGCCGAAUACGUCGUGGAGUCCACCGGUGUUUUCACCACCAUCGAGAAAGCCUCUGCUCACCUGAAGGGCGGCGCCAAGAGGGUGCUGAUCUCCGCCCCCAGUGCUGACGCCCCGAUGUUCGUCAUGGGCGUCAACCACGAGAAGUACGACAACUCCUUGAAGGUGGUGAGCAAUGCUUCCUGCACAACCAACUGCCUGGCUCCCAUCGCCAAGGUCAUCAACGACAACUUCGGCAUCGUUGAGGGUCUCAUGAGCACCGUCCACGCCAUCACCGCCACGCAGAAGACCGUUGACGGUCCCUCCGGUAAGCUGUGGAGGGACGGACGCGGCGCCUCACAGAACAUCAUCCCCGCCUCCACCGGAGCCGCCAAGGCUGUCAGCAAAGUCAUCCCCGAGCUGAACGGUAAACUGACCGGCAUGGCUUUCCGUGUCCCCACCCCCAACGUCUCUGUGGUUGACCUGACCGUCCGUCUGGAGAAGCCCGCCAAGUACGACGACAUCAAGAAGGUGAUCAAGGCCGCUUCUGAGGGACCCAUGAAGGGAAUUCUGGGAUACACAGAGGACCAGGUUGUGUCCACAGACUUCAACGGAGACACUCACUCCUCCAUCUUUGACGCCGGCGCCGGCAUUGCCCUCAACGAGCACUUCGUCAAGCUGGUUUCAUGGUACGACAAUGAGUACGGCUACAGCACCCGCGUGUGCGACCUGAUCCUUCACAUGUUCUCCAAGGAGUGAAGUCCUCUUUCAUUUUCCUUCCCAUGAUUCCCCUCUUCCUUCACCUGUAACAUGGAAGCCGCGCCAUCCGCUACCCGGGAGCAAAACAUCCUCUACGACAAACUGAUAACUGACAACAAAUACUGAUUAUAAUACCUUUUUAUAUGAUAUGCGUGGCGUGUGCUCUGUCCGCACUAAGCAGUGUUUGAAGAGGUGGUUUUUUUUUUUUUGGUUUUUUUUUCCCCAUCACUGAACUGUAUUGUACUGAACGGUCUGGUUGCACUAAACAUGAUAAUAAAGUCCUCUAGUUUGUGGAAAGAC